AUGCCCAGAGCCGACGCGCAAGGAGUAUCUCUUCCCCAUCUGAGCUGGCUGCCGCCACUGAUCCAAUCAACGUGGAUGAGGAGAAUCCUGGAGAAAGUCUUACCACUCUGUCUGCUAGUGGAGGGCCUGCCGGUGCCACUACCAAUCAGGAGGAGCUAA